AUGCCUCACCACCAUCAUGCCGAUAUGAUGAUGAGGCAUCACCAUGUCGAGCGGCAGGGCGUCCCAUCCGAGCCAUUAUCGGAUCUGUUUCCAACACCGACAAGUAUCGAGGCAGACCUGUCUGUUUUGGUGCCACGUUCAGAUAGCACAUGUGGAGGCCAGUCAUGCGAGAAGCCCGCAAGCAACCUCGAAACAACAGUGUUGCCCGUGGUACUUGGUGCAGGUGUACCUAUCAUAUGUGCCAUCGUUGUAUUGAUCAUUCUACACCGCCGUCAUGUCAAGAAGUUGAUGCGAGAAGACGCAAAUGAUAAGCACAAAUCCCUGGAUUUUGGCCUAGAUCCCGUGGGUCCACCAAGACGUAAUAAGGCACAUCCUGGAACCCCCCAGAUGAUGGAACCCGCUCAUGGCAAGGGCUUGUCGCUCGAUAUUGCUCCGUAUCUGAUGCCCCCUGGUCUACACGGCUCUCGGGACUCUUUGAGCUCCGUAGCUCGUUCAAUCGAUGACGACAAGUAUCGACCGGCUACCUUCCUUACGCACGACAAUGCAUCUGUCCGAUCAUUCCCUAGGAAUCGCGAUGACGCUUCUAAAAUGCGCAGCGGAUAUCUCGCUCGUCUCCACCGAGGCACCGAAGCCCCCCCCGCCCAAAUGGGGCCUCCAUCUCCCCAGAACGAUGCUGAUCUUGGGGUUGGAGCGAAUUAUGUUGCCCCAGAGCAUGAAGCCCACGAUAAAUCAGGCGCGGCUCCCGAGCCGGAGUUCCAUCUGGAUGCACCUCCAACCCUGAACUUCGAAGCCGAACCGCAUCAGGAUCAUGCUUAUGAUCGCCCUAAUUUCCCGCUGCCAGAAGCGCCGGCCGAGGCUCAUACUACACCCUCUACUCAAGAACUCCCACGCAUUUCGUUGCCUGCUAGCGAUAUCACCAGCAGUGAUUAUGGAGAUGAUCAUCGCAAAUCCCAGUUCGUGAUUCCUGAAGUGAAUGUUCAUGGCACAGAAGAACAUGUACCGCUUGAAAUUCCAGAGCCGGACAAGUCCCCAGAGUACCCGGAAGAACCCCAGAAUCUCGACUCUGCGUAUGUCAACCCCCGAGACACUCGCCGGUUGACUCUCGGAGUGCGCCCAUUGCCACCAGAGGAUCCAUCGGACAACCCUGAGCAGCGUGCCAACCGGAUUCGAUCUUUCUACAAAGAAUACUUCGAUGACAGUAAGCGAGAGACUACCUAUUACGAGGAUUAUGACCCUGAAUUCUAUGAUGGUGGCUACGUGUACGAUCCAGCCACGGGAGAGUACUUUGAUGCCGCCGCUCCCCUCUUCCCUACGCUGAGCCCAUCGGUCGCCGAGCCAUGA